CGCCCCGGGCUGCGGUUCCAGGGUCUCCAGGGCUGGGUACCGGGUCCCUGCAGCCAGGAUCCCCCGCGCCCACGCUCAGGUGCCACCGCAGGGAAGGUGACCCGCAGCCCCCGGACCACCCGAUCCCUUUCCGGCCGGAAGCACCCCAUAGGUCGGACCGGAAGGGGCGCCUCAACCCUGAGAUGUGACAAAGGAAGUCCCGCCUCUGCCGCGCGACAGACUCCACGGAUGCCACCGAGCUCCGAGCCGGUCUCGCAGGGGCGGAUUUGGUUCCGGAGCUGCCAUGAUCGAAGUGGUAGCUGAGCUGAGCAGAGGUCCUGUGUUUCUGGCGGGGGAGGCUCUGGAAUGUGUGGUGACUGUCACUAAUCCCCUGCCCCCGACCGCCACUUCUGCAUCCAGUGAGGCUCUGGCCUGGGCCAGUGCCCAGAUCCACUGCCAGUUCCAUGCCAGCGAGAGUCGAGUAGCACUGCCACCCCCUGACUCUAGUCAGCCGGACGUCCAGCCUGACAGCCAGACUGUCUUUCUGCCACACCGAGGUGAGAGGGGCCAGUGUAUCCUUUCUACUCCACCCAAAAUUCUGUUUUGUGACCUGAGGCUAGACCCUGGAGAGUCCAAAUCAUACUCCUACAGUGAAGUGCUGCCCACGGAGGGGCCGCCUUCCUUUCGGGGUCAGUCGGUCAAAUAUGUCUACAAAUUGACCAUUGGCUGCCAGCGCGUGAACUCACCCAUCACCUUACUCCGGGUUCCUCUGAGAGUUCUCGUGCUGACGGGUCUUCAAGAUGUCCACUUCCCCCAGGAUGAGGCUGUGGCGCCAUCCAGUCCAUUCUUAGAGGAGGACGACAGUGGGAAGAAGGACUCAUGGCUGGCUGAGCUAGCUGGGGAGCGUCUCAUGGCUGCCACAUCCUGUCGCAGCCUCCAUCUGUACAAUAUCAGCGAUGGCCGAGGGAAAGUCGGGACGUUCGGUAUCUUCAAAUCUGUGUACAGACUCGGCGAAGACGUGGUGGGGACCUUAAACUUAGGGGAAGGAACCGUAGCUUGUCUGCAGUUUUCAGUAAGCUUGCAGACUGAAGAACGGGUACAGCCUGAAUACCAGCGACGCCGCGGGACCGGAGUUGCCCCUUCAGUGUCCCAUGUGACUCAUGCCCGGCACCAGGAGUCCUGCCUACAUACAACCAGAACCAGCUUCUCUCUCCCCAUCCCUCUUUGCUCUACCCCUGGCUUCUGCACUGCCAUUGUGUCCUUGAAGUGGCGAUUACAUUUCGAAUUUGUAACAUCCCGAGAACCAGGAUUGGUACUUCUGCCGCCAUUGGAGCAGCCUGAGCCUGCGACCUGGACAGGGCCUGAACAGGUGCCUGUAGACACCUUCAGCUGGGACCUCCCCAUCAAAGUGCUUCCUACAAGCCCCACCCUGGUCUCAUAUGCUGCCCCAGGCCCUAGCACCAGCAGUAUAACUAUCUGAAACUGGCUCACAUGCCCACCAUGGCAACUAGUUUUUCCAAGAAACUGAGAGCUCAAUCCCUGGACUCCGGUGGGGGCCCGCUUUCCCCACCUGGGGCCCCGUAGCACAGGCAGUGAGAAACGGGCUUUCAGCUGUAGCAUUAAUUUAUUUCUUUGGAAGAAGUUGGCAGCUGCUAGUGGUUUCCCUGGAAGUGGCAGCAGCAGUGAGCAGUCAGCAGAUGGGCAAGCCUUUAGCUGGAGUGGGGGGCAGAAGCCCCAGGAGCAGGGGUGUUAGCUGAGCCCCAUUCUAAGUUGGGCCCUCCCCCUUUGCAGGGCAGCCGAGGGUCAGCUUUUUGCACCAGGGAAAAUUGACAGGUUCCUGCCUCCUGUAACACUUCACACUCAGCAGGGAAGUCAAUAGGAUGCUGAGACCUGGAGAACCGAAGGUUGGGAGUCAGAACAUUAAGAAGCCACCUUUAGCGCCUGCGCUUCCCAUUUAGCCAUCCUCCCACGCCCUCUUGGUGCCCCAGCGCCCCACCUAAGCUCUCUUACUCCCACACAAGGACAUUUUUUAGUGUUCCCAGCAGGAAUACUUUCUGCAGAUCUACCUCGACUUCCCUUCUCGUUGGUGCCUUCACAUCUGCAGUCUCGUGAGGCCCUUCUGUUUACUCGUGCCUCACAGAAAUCUAGGGACUCCCUGGCCAUCCCUUAGGCACACCAGAGGCAUUCCCUCUGACCACUCCUGGCUACUCACGUGUCACAGCAGCCCACACCAACAGGAUGCAGACAGGUACAAUGGAAACAGUCCUUGCGGAGCCAAGAUUCACCCAGAGUGAAGUAUUUACCCUCGUAGUGGCAGGGAGCUAGGGAAGGAUGAGAAUUGAAAGCGUUGGCAGCAGUCUCUCCUGGUCUGGAGUGGGAGAGGAUCCAUGCAUACUACCCUCCAUAUAGCCUUCCCAUUCACAGGUUGAAGUAAUGGCUAUUCUAACACAGGGUUGGGCAUCUACACCUUCAUCCCUGCCCUCAUCUUUCCCUUAAGCAUCAGUCCACCUUACCUUGAGCUUGGAAGUAACACUUGCUGCUAACUCCCGGGUGCUGUAGGAACAGAGACACCACCAAGCAGAUAGUCCUCCAGCCUCCGAGGAUCCCCUUGGCCUGGCCAGCCCAGAGCAUCCUUAGGGCCAUUUCCACUGCUCAGCGCUCUCAGACCCUUCCUGGCUUCGGCUCAGACUCCUCUGGUCUUCUUACCCUCUUGCUCUUGCCUUGCUCCUUGACUCCUGAGUUUCUCUCUCCUUGGGCUCUGGUCUCAUACCAUGGCAGUGCCCUCUGCUCUUAUGGGCUGGGAAUGUUUAUAAAGUGAGGACCCUGGCCCCCUGCUGAGGAGAGCUGGACAGGCUGGAACUCUGUUUCCUGAGGUGAGGGCAUGAAAACAAGAGGUUCAGCUUUUAACAAGCUGUGAGAGCGGAUUCCUGCCCCCACACAGCCAGGAGGAGGGAGGUGGCCGUGGAAGGGGCGCUGGACUGGGCACUUCCACAGCCAGGAGAGGGAGGGUUGAAGGCCCCAGGUGGUCCCCAGAUCUCCUUGACCUGCAGAGAGGAAGCAUUCCAUCAACCCUCCCUCCACCACCAGCAGGGGUGUGUGUGCUGGGAUCCCUGCCUGGACCGGAGGGAGGCAUUUCCUGGGGAUAGCUAAUCCUGUGCCCCAGCCAAACCAAGGCGCUGCACAAGGGUGCAACUGCCAAAGUCUCCAGGAGAGCAGGCAGGCAUCUGGAAUGGAGACUGUGUUUCCUUCAGAUACCAGGGCAGGGUGUCCCUGAGACAUCUGAAAGAUGGCAGCCCUCAGCAUUGUGAGGUGGGGGGUUCAUCCAAAAGCACCCCAAAGAUAAACUUCGCAUCUCACCCCAAGUGGACAGCAGAUGCAAGCUUGUCCCGUUCCUGGCCAUGCUUCAGCCCCGCCCCCUUAAGGAGAAGCAUCUCCAAAUACCCCAACAGAAGUCACCCCACUUUCACAGAGAUGCCCCCUCUUUCCUCAUGAUGAGACAAAGCCUUCUAAGGUCUGCAUUUCUGCAGACUCCAGAGGAGUGCUGGGAUUCACAUGGUGACUGCUCACUGGCUGUCUGACCUUGCACAGGUCACUUCACCUGCCACCCUGCUCCUUGUCUGUCUAUUGAGAGUAGAAAUGCCAGCUCAUGGGCGACAGCACAUGGUCUGUUCUUAGCGCCACCUUUGGCCCAUGGCCCUCAGAAAAUCACCACUGCUUGAGGCUAAAGCACAAAGACAAAUGAUGUCCUUCUCUCUGGACAACAGCAAGUAGCCGUGCCCAGCUGAAGGCUUCUGCUGUGGACUCUCCAGUCCAACUUUCGCCUUUCACAUGUAUGCGCCAAGGUGUCCCUGCUGCCUCCUAAGACCUGUGCUGGCCUGGGAGCAUUUUGGUUUUCGUCCUUGACAUCUAGGUUGAAGGGUGAUGCUGAUCAAGCUGCUUUUCCCACUUCCAUACCUUGGAAAGCGGGAUCAUGCCUUAUCUCCCUCCUCCCCCCCACCCUCUGCUUUCUCUUACUUGGAUUCUGACUUUCCCCUCAUCCCCUCAUGUGGACUUCAAGACGCCUUUGUGACCCUGGUCAAACGCCUUUUGUUCUCCUGCCUUUCGGAGGCCCCUCGGUCCAGUGCUUCCCUUCCUGUUCCUAGGACAUUUGUUGUGGUUUGCGUUCAGGCCUGCAGUCCCCUUCACCCCUCGCUUUGCUCCCCGUCACAGCUACCACGGCAGACACAGCUCACACCUGGCGCGCAUACACAUAGCUCCCGCCUGUCACCUCUUCCUUCAGCAGCUACUGUCAGUACACCUCCAACUCCUUAGCUGCCUUCAGAUACCUUUUGCCUUGGCCGGGGAUGUAGUUCAGUGAUAGUGUUGACUUAUCCUUUCAGUGUCCCAGGUCUCACCACAAACACCCCCUCCCCCCAAAAAAAAACUGAGUGGAAGAAAACAGGAUUUCUUUUCGGAUGGAUAUCUAGGUAAAAGCAAAGGAGAACUUAGCAGGGACCCCCAGGUAGGCUCUGUGGGGGCGUGGAGGGGAGAGCUUGACCUUCACUCCUGGCUGUCUUGGCUGCGGAAGGGGUCAGACAGGAUCAAGCUUAGAAGUCGGCUUAGUAGUCAGCUCUUACCACUGCCUUUGGGGGAUCAACCUGAAGGCUGAGCGUAGAGCCUUCUCUGCAGUAGCUAGAGACAAUGCCAGUGAGGCUAGAGGUCCCGGAGGUAGAGGAGGUGCUGGAAAUGAGACUGGGUGGACAUUACUGAGCCACAUCAAACUGCAAAGUGAGGACCAGUCUCCUGAAGAGCAAGUGAAGGCCUGUGGCUGUGGGGACUUCUGGAAGGAGGCAGAGGCUGAGCAGAAUUCCUUUCUGAGGUUAUAGGGCAGUGGGGACCUGGCUGGUGGCCUGGGCAGUGAUGUGUGUAGGGGCAUCAGUGGUUAGAGCCCAGCCCACUGAGUCCCAGAGGGGUAGCCUUUGGGGUAAGGGGCAGGACAGAUUCGGGGUCAGGGUUGGCACAGGCCACCUAUGCAGGAACAAGGAAAACAUCCGCCAGAGCUGGGCCAGGCUGUGUUCCAGCAGCGCAGGCAGGUGCGCAGUGGGAGGAAGUGAGCUUAUUCCGGGACUGAGUCACCCCAACCCUUGCUUUGCCCAAAUGGGACAGAGCGUUUGGAGAUGAUGGCUCAGGGAGAUGGGGGACUAGAGCCUGGAGAGGGGAAGGUCCUGAACGAACCCAAAGGAGUCCUGGAAGGGGCUACUUUCUGCCCAGCAAAGCCCAUAAAUUCAUAGCUUGUGGCUGAACAGACACAGUGAGGCAGGUUGGAGCUGGGAAACUCGAGGGGAAGGGCAGAGGAAAGGCCCUACUGAGUCUUCCUAGAAUGGAGCAUCCCAGAAAGCAAAGGCAGGAGGAGACGAGGCCCAAGCUGUUAAGGCACCAUCCAUGCAAGUCAUGAGGUGUGCUAGGCCAGCUAGGACUGUCCGGGGCCUGUGGAAAGGAAGGGGCUCCAGGGAGCAUCAAGGGUUAAAGUAUUUGGAUCGUGGCAGUAGCUCCUGGCUCUAAAGAAGCUUUCUGUACUGGAGUGGUUGUUUGGAAUUCUCAGGUAAACUGGAACCACGUUGGCCUGUGACCAUAAAGAUAGUGAAUGGUGUAAGAAGGUUCUUUGUGUCUCCCAUGGAACCCAGCCUGCCAUCCAGUACCCCACUCCCAGGCCCCGAAAGGAAGGCUGAUAGGGCUGUUUCCAUAUAACCAUCCCAACACACAAACAGGAGGGGUGCCCCUAGUGUGAUGACCAGCUUGGGCUACAGAGUGAGACCCUAUUUUAAAAACAAUUUGUUCUUACUGAAUCUUAAAAUCUUGAAUAAAGAUUGAAAAUCAA